AUAAUAGAAAAUCUUUGCUGUGGAUCAGGCACUGUCAGGUGCAAAGCUGCUAAUGACACUGCCGCAGCUCCGUUAAAAGUACAGAAUGUGCCACGAACGAAGAACAAGAGCUGCUUUCUGAUUCUCUCCGAGGAGAGAGAGAUCAACCAUGGCCAGCUGGCGGAGAGAGAGCCCGCGGAUCCGGGCAGGACAGGGAGGUAGCAGCCUGAGAGCAGCGAGGAAGCCCCGGCAGAAAGAUCCAUCCAGCGAGGUAGGGGACGCGGGCGAAUCAAUGACAGAGCUGCCACAAUUGUUCCGGCUUUAUUUCUAUGGAAUGCACGGUGUCACUUUGGAUAUUCUCCUGUCGUCCGCACAGGGGCUUUUGGCUGAUAGCGACCCCAAACUGUUCGGCUUUUCCUCCCCGUACCUCUGCAUCAUGCACUCGCUGACCCAUUUCUUGCUGGAAAAAAUAUAUUCGCAAAAGAAGUGCUUUCAAGGACGCCCAGUAGUUUUUCACCUGGUUUUCUAUCCCUCUGUGUACAUCGGGUUGCAGAUCCUGAUUGGGAAUAUUAACACGCUGACCGAGCACGUUAGAAUAGUCUCUGCCACUCAUCUCGUAGUUCACUACCUACUGGCCCUGUACUUCACCCAAGUUUUCCACAAGGGGCUUGCGCGGCUGCGCUACCACUGCCCCGGGAAACGGACCAUGUCUACCCCAGCAGAGCGCACCCUGGAGUCGAUGCCUAAUAACGGUCUGCCCGAUGUUGUACGAUUCCUCUUCUUUGGAAUGCACGGCUUUCUGGACGAGAUCAUUUUUACCUCGAUAUUCAACCUUGUGGAGAAUUUGGACCGGACCAUGAGCGGCCACACGUCCCUGUGGUCCUUCCUGAUGUACGGGAGCUGCAGCUUCGUGGUAGAGAAACUCUACCUUCAUUUACGCUUCAGACGGGGUUGGAGCACCUGGAGGCGGCUCCCCAUCUAUAUCUGCUUCAUCUACACCUGGGAGUUCUGUUGGGGGCUGGCGCUUCGGCAGUACGGCGCAUGCUCAUGGGAUUAUUCCCACUAUCCAUUCAACUUCAUGGGCCUGAUCACGCUCCUCUACCUGCCCGGAUGGGUCUGCAUCAGUCUCUACCAGGAUAUUUUGUCCAACGUUCUGCUGCGCGUGGUGGUGUGUGCCAAAGACGAGGAGUGAGGGCACUCAGGGCAGGGCGCUGGCAUCAACGUCUGUCCUGUGUCCAGGAAAGACAACUGUAUUAUAGGCCUAGGCCACAAUUGAUUUAAGGACUAUUGAUACAAAUAAAGAAGAUGACAUUUAAGAUGAUCAAUUGUGUACCCGCACUUUGUAAAAAAUAAUGUGUAUUUCCCCAGUGGAAAUGUGGUAUUGAUGUAGCUGUUUAGACAGGCUAUUCAUUAGAAUCACUGAUUAAAAGAGGCUAUCAAUUUGUUACAGGUAGCCUAAACACACAGGCAUGCCUUGCCUGGCAUGUGAUGACACAUAGACAUGCCUUCUGCUGUGAUGACAACUGCUAUUUCUUACUUUGAUGCAGAUGAAACGAUAAUAUUUUACAUUUUACACUUCAUUUGCUUGCUCAUGAUUUUAGAGCUGUGAAUUAUUUAAACUAUAUUGACAAAGUCAGCCAUAUGCAUGGCAGGCACCAUUUGACUUGUUUGGUCUCUUCAAUCCCAGAGCAUGCUUUGAGCUCAUUUCUGCAUGGCUGCAUAUGCACAUUCAUGAUCACUUAAUUGCUUAAAUCCUAUUUUCUUCAAAAAAUGCAUGACAUUUGGAAACAAAAUGGGCUCUAAAAAGUUCAAAAUGUAUGUAGCAGGAGAUAGAACGAACGGGUUGUGGACCGAAUUAAUUUCACUGUGAAUAGUUUUCUGAACCAAACCUUAACAUUACUGUGUUGGAGUGCCUUUCUGAGCAAACCUACAGACAGCUGGACUAAAGACAAACUGAACUACACUGUGGGCCAGUUUCCCCCUAGUCAUGGCUGACCUAAAAAAGGAUGCUCAAUGGGGAAUUGAAAGUGCUUUUUAGUCGACAACUAUAGGCUUAAUCUGGGUCAUGUAAACAGACAAUGUGUGCCAGUCAGACAGACCUUGAGGAUCAGAUUUAACCUUCUCCCUUCUUUACAUAGGGACAUCUCCCAAACUGAACUACACUGUGGGCCAAGGUUCCCCCCCAAUCCUGGCUGAACUAAAAAAACAAAGCUCAACGGGGAAUCUCCAUCCCCAGGCUUGUUUACCUAACGUUUAUAAAGCAGCGGCGCACGCGUCAGCGUUUUAUGGUUGACACUCCACAGGUUGAUCUGGAGUGGGCAAUAUCAGGAGUCAGCAGACCUGGGUUCAAAUACUACUUGAAAUCUUUCAAGCACUUUCACUGUUUGUUUUCACCUGCCUGGAGUGCCAGAUGGAUGGGUUUUGGGGUUUGAAUGUUUGUGACUAUUGAGUUGGUUCCACACCAGGAAAGCUCAAGCAAGCCUAGCAAAACAAGUAUUUGAAAUGAUUUCAAAAUAGUAUUUGAAUCCAGGUUUGGGAGUCAGGUGUGGAGCAUGUAUAGUAUAAUUACUUGGGAUCAACCUCCAUGUAUCCUUUGGCAUUGAUCUUUCUGCCUGUUUUAUUUCCUUGUUUGCACUUGUACCACACGGUAAAGUCUCUUGUUCUCUCUGAGGGACCAAACACAUACAGUAUGUGUGAAUACCUGGCACUGUGACUUCACUAGCCACCUGUUCCAACAUUAUACUCUUUCUGUUUUAUACUCUCUCCGUUUGGAAACGUAUAGUUUUAGCUCUACUGAUUUUAUGAUUAUCUAGCAUGUUUUUAAUGCAUUUUACUGCCUGCUGUCGUCAGUCCUGGGGAUUCCGUGAAACUAAAGAUGGAGGUAACUGAAAGCUGGUACUGAUGAGUAAUACUAGUGCAGGGAAAAAUAUGUUAUAACAUGUUAUUGAAAUAUUUAAACUUUUACACAUGUUGAUUUUUGUCAGAUGACUAUGAAUAUGUCAUGCCGGGAGAGUUUCCCUUGCCUGCGCAAACAAACAAUACCUUACACUCUUCUGGAGACUGACUGGACUGAUUGAAAUAACAAGAUUCUUUUCCUUGUGGUUUGUCAUUUCAAAAUGGUGGACUUUUGUUGUGGACGACGCAAAAGAAGGAUACAGAUGAUCCAACAGUUACUGCCUCAAUGAUGAUGAAUAGGACCAGGAGUUUCUUUCCUGGUUACAGUGCCUUGCAAAAGUAUUCACCCCCCUUGGCGUUUUUUCCUAUUUUGUUGCAUUACAACCUGUUAUUUAAAUUAAUUUUUAUUUGGAUUUCAUGCAAUGGACAUACACAAAAUAGUCAAAAUUGGUGAAGUGAAAUGGAAAAAAAUUACUUGUUUAAAAAAAAACAAAGGUGGUGUGUGCAUAUGUAUUCACCCCCUUUGCUAUGAAGCCCCUAAAUAAGAUCUGGUGCAACCAAUUACCUUCAGAAGUCACAUAAUUAGUUAAAUAAAGUCCACCUGUGUGCAAUCUGUCACAUGAUCUGUUACAUGAUCUGUUACAAUAUCUCAGUAUAUAUACACCUGUUCUGAAAGGCCCCAGAGUCUGCAACACCACCAAGCAAGCGGCACCAUGAAGACCAAGGAGCUCUCCAAACAGGUCAGGGAAAAAGUUGUGGAGAAGUACAGAUCCGUGUUGGGUUUUAAAUAAAUAUCUGAAACUUUGAACAUCCCAGGGAGCACUAUUAAAUAUAUUAUUAAUAAAAUGGAAAGAAUAUGGCACCACAACAAACCUGCCAAGAGAGGGCUGCCCACCAAAGCUCACAGAUCAGACAGGAAGGGCAUUAAUCAGAGAGGCAACAAAGAGAUCAAAGAUAACCCUAAAGGAGCAGCAAAGCUCCACAGUGGAUAUUGAAGUAUCUGUCCAUCGGAUCACUUUAAGCUGUACACUUCACAGAGCUGGGCUUUACGGAAGAGUGGCCAGAAAAAAAGCCAUUGCUUGAAGAAAAAAAUAAGCAAACACGUUUGGUUUUUGCCAAAAGGCAUGUGGGAGACUCCCCAAACAUAUGGAAGAAGGUACUCUUGUCAGAUAAGACUAAAAUUGAGCUUUUUGGCAAUUAAGGAAA